AUGUGGAAUGUAUUUAACUUUAAUAAUAUUGACGACAAGCUGAAGAACAACAAAAAUGAGAAGGAGGUUUAUACGCACGAGGACUUGAGGUACUACUUUGAAAAGCUGGUGAAGAUAAAUCUGAACAACGUUAACAUAAAUAACUUCAUCGAGCUGCUGAGGAAAAUCACACAGAUAACAAUUUGGGGCGACAAAUAUGAUGACCAGAUUUUUCAGUACUUCUGCGAAGACAACAUCUUCAACCACUUCAUAUACCUGCUGAGGCAAAACAUUAACAAAAGCAUAAGGAUUCAAAUUUACCAGUCCCUUACCCUGUUGAUACAAAAUCUUCAAAAGGAUAUUUCCCUGUAUUACAUCUUCAGCAACAAUAAAAUAAACAACCUAAUUUAUACAACAUUCAUUUACCAAGACGAUGAGAUUAUGCCCUACUACAUUUCCAUGAUAAAGUCCAUUUCGUUUUUCCUGAACUACCACACAUCCAAGUUUUUCUUUAACGAGAAGAGUAUGAAAUUUCCCCUGUAUACCGAAUCGCUAAGGUUGUACAAGUUUAAUGACAUCAUUACGAGAACCUACGUUAAAAAUAUUAUAUUGAACAUUUUGAAGAUCGAAGAUGAGGGGAUUGAAAAUCUUAUCCUGCUGCGGUCUUCAUUCUUCACCAUUCUCGUUUGUUACCUCCGCAAUCAUGUCAUAAGGAUGAAUAAAAUUUACACAAAAAUAAAGGAAUCGGAAAAAUUGAAGAAAAUGUUUAAUACUUACCUGGAAGAAGUGGACGACGUGCUGUACUUCUUCGAGGACAUGCUCACCUGUGAGAAGAAAAGGAUAAAUGAUAUGCUCCUAGUGAAGCUUUUAAUUUAUUUUUUUUUUCCCAUGAUUGGUUCCUUUCACACGUCUAUAUACUUCGACUGUGUCAGUGCGUUUGGCCAAGGGGGCAUUUGUGAGGACGACUCGGGCGGGGGAAGCGGUAACGCACAUGGUAAUGCAAGUGGUAACGCAAAUGGUAACGAAAAGGAGAGCGCAAGGGGCAAAGGGGGUGAAUGCCAAGGGAGAGACAAAAGAGAGGAUGCUUUCUUCCUGAAUGAAGACCAAGUGGCCAACUCUAGUAACCCCGUGAACUGCAGCAGCAUCGACUAUGUGUACUUCUCUAGUCAAAAGACUGGCGAGGAGAAGGCUGCGUCAGAUGAGAGGGAGGACACUGGGGGGGACGUUCCCCCAGAUAGUGAGGCUAAUGGGGAAAUCCCCACAGAUGAUCAUUCGAAAGUGGAGGAGGAAACCCCCCUCACUGAUCACUCCGGAGAAAACAGACCCUGCGGUGCGGACGUGGACGAGCCGGGGGAGCGAGAAAAGAUGAACCAAUGCGACCUCCCACAGGAAGUGAUAGAAAGUAUAAAGGGUACUAACCGUGUGCCGUUUAUAAAGCUAUUUGAUAAUAAUUUAAAAAAUGUAAAAAAUUUCGAUUUUUGUAAAAGUCUGUCUUCCUCGAAUGCAUCCUCUGUGAACUCCAACCUGAGUAACGUGCAAAUGGGGAAGGCGGCCAGAGCGGAACCGCAGCAGGAGGUACCAACCAAGGAAGAAGUGCCCACCCGGGAAGGAGAGUCAAUAAAGGGAGACGUGCCAACCGAGGAGGAACCAACUACCGGCACGAAGAAAAGCAGCAAGAGGGGAGACAACACAUACGAGUUCCUGUACUUCCGCGCGAGGAACAGCGCCAAUAAGGAAAAGGAGGCAGAAGAUAAGCUCUCCGAUGGGGGGAAGGAGGGGACGGAAGGGAAGGACGUUGACAGUGAAGGCCAUGCACAGGGACAAGUGCAAAAGGAUGGACAGAAAAAGGAAGAGCAAUUCAUACAUGAAAAUGAACUGAAAAAUAGCUACUUCAAAAAACGAAAGAAAAAAAAAAUUUUCAUCCAAAUGACCUCGACCAACGGGGUUCUUCAUAAGAAUAGAAGAAGCACGACCUCGAAUGCAAGUGCGAAUGGUGGGGGGGGUGGCGGUGGCUGCCCGACAGUAGAGGACGAACUGGACGAGGCGCAGCAGUUGAUGCAGGGCGGUGCCUUUUGGGAACAAGUUCAGAAGCACAACCUCACCCACCUGUGCCAUGUGGAGAUCCCCACGCUACAAAAAAAAAUCACCUUCGACGAUAACGUGAAUAGCGACCUGUACAACUACCUCUUCAAUUAUAAUUCCUUCACGACAAGGGUGCUGAAGCAUUAUGAAAACAGAAUGAGCGUGACAAAUGUUUAUUAUAAUAUCUUUAAAGUAGGUCUCCUCUUACACCCCCUGUGUUACGUCAACUCUUUUAAGAAUUUUUCCAUCCUCUACAAUUACUUAAUCAAUACCACGUUGUCCCUUUUCAUGUUAAUAAGAUCACUAAAUAUAUUGAAGAAUGAAAAGUUGAAUCAAAUUGUGUACUCGAUUAUCUUUGGGGAGUACAUCAACGUGCAAUUCUUAUACAAAAUUUUAUCCAAUGAUCUGAAGGACCCCUACUUCUACAACUCCUUCUUCGAUCCUCAUAAGAAGGUCAACGUCAGUGAGAAUUCCACAGAUGACAUGGAAUUUGAAAAUGUGUAUUGCUCCUCUAUUGAAAAUUUACUUCCUGAGUAUAACAAGGAGGAGGAGAUGGUUUGCCUGGACUUGAUGAAGGGAUACUACAUGGGGGGGCGGACGCCUUCCAAGGAGGUUGAACCGACCUCCGGGGAUGGAUCCGUCGCGUGCAUUCGCGCACGACAUGGUGAAGUUACCCCCGUUGUGCAAAGUCCCAAUGCAACCUCAGUCACAGCCACAGGAAGCGCCGCGCCGACAAACGCCACUGCGACAGGCGUCCCGCCCGAGGCGAUGAUGAAGUACGACGAGCUCAGCAACCCGAUACUACUAAACUUCCUCCUGCUCACCAACGUACAGAAGGAAAAAAAUAUUAAAAAAUGCGAAAAGGACAACAUGAAAAAUAAAAUAUCAGAUGUGUACCUCCUCCUAAGCAUUCAGUUCGUUUCAAAUUUUGUCAAAUCAUACAACGGAAAGAUCAGCGACAUGACCAUCCCGUUUUUUAAAAUUUCUAAUCACAAUUUUGUAUACGUGUUUUGGAACAUCAUUAAUGUUCAUAUAAAUAAUUUGUACCUUCGAAUUAUAACCCUGAAGCUGGUGAUAAAUUUGACACUGGUCUACAUCCAGAUGAUAGAAGACAAGCGUGUGUGUGUGAAUUUCGUCACACCCCUGCUGGGGCUCAUACAGAAGAUUAAGAAAAAGGUAGCCAACAAAAUCAAGGGCAUCAUUGGGAAGAUGGAGUACAAAGUGUGCCAGAUCUUUUGGGAGGAAAGCAAGAUAUACGAGAACUGCUUUCAGGAAAAGAUUAACAUUUGCCGAGACUCCGUCCUCAUAAACAUUGUGAAUGACGUGGAUGAGUCUGGCGAGAACAACUUCCUGUGCUACCCCGUUUCGCAGAUUGAAAUAUAUAGAAGGAAUGUGCAUGCCCUGUUCGUCUUAGAUGGAGUGUCUAGCAAGUUGCAGAGUCUUCUUUCCUCCACGAAAAGCGAACAGGAUCAUAUCAUUCCCUUCGACUUUACCUACAACGACAUGUCUGCCCUGGUGGACAUAAAGAACAAGAACACCAUCAAGUGCUACCUGAAGAAUAGCAACAAAAUUUUCAACUGCUACUACAUCGAAGACAGCACGAACUUCCUCCUGUGUAUCCCCUCGAACAGUCAUGUGAAUCAGGCGCUCAUCAUUUUCAGCUACCCACUAAUGCUGAUCGAUUUAUACAUUGAUAAGAACGACAACAAGAAGUUGAUAAUGCACAUUUACAGUUACAACAAUGAAGAGCAUAAUAAUGUGGAGGAUUUUUCAGGAGGAAAUUUUAACAACUCAGAAAAAAUAUUUCAAAAUAAUCAUUUGGACAGUAAUUAUAUUAACACGGUCAGGCGAUACAACUCCAACAAUGAAGAAGAGCUUUUGGACGAGACGCCAAAAGUGCACAAGAACGAGUAUAUCUUUAACAAGUACAGCUCUUCCUACAAGAAGAACAGAACCAUAACAAAUAUGAAGAAGGAAUGGUGUCACAAGGAAUUGAACUUCAUGAAAAAUGUUCUUAAGCUGCACUUUUAUGACACCACGAGAUCGCUUAUUGUUUAUAAGGAACUCAAAUCAGGAAUACAACACAUAAACGAUAAGUAUAAGCACAAGUUGGAGGAGUACCUCAACACGUUUUAG